AUGGACAGGAACAGUGUUCAUGAUGUUGUUCUGGUCGGUGGAUCAACUAGGAUUCCUGAAGUGCAGCAAUUGUUGCAGGAGUUCUUUGAUGGGAAAAAAUUCUGCAACAGUAUUAACCCCGAUGAAGCUGUGGCUUAUGGAGCGGCUAUGCAGGCUGCGAUUUUGAGUGGUGAAACUAAUCAGAACUUGGAUCAAUUGUUGCUGUUGGACGUUACUCCUCUCUCCCUUGGGCUCGAGACAGCUGGAGGGGUACUGACUACAUCAAUUGCACCAAACACCAGUAUUCCCACCGAAGAGGAGCAAGUUUUCUCCACCUACUCCAACAACCAGCCUAGAAUAUCAAUCAGAACAAUGUCACAAUCACUAAUGAUAAAGAAAACUUGUCCAGGGAGGAGAUUGAGAAGAUGGUGCAAGAAGCCGAGAAGUACAAGACUGAAGAUGAACAACACGAGCAGAAAGUUUGAGUCGAAGAAUGCUUUGGAGAAUAUGAGGAAUACCACCAAGGAUGAAAAGUUUGCUGGGAAGUUAACACCAGCUGACAAGAAGAAAAAUGAAGCUGCUAUUCAGUGGCUUGAUACCCAAUUGUUGCUGGGAUGUAUCAAGGUGGUGCUGGUCCUGACAUGGGUGGUUUCGGUGGCAUGGAUGAGGAUGAUCCUUAAAUGGGAGGUGCUGGUAGUAGUGCAGGACCUAAGAUUGAGGAAGUUAAUCAAGUGGAACUUGGUGGAGGGAUAUGACUGCUUGGGGUCCUAA